UUCCUCAACCGUGCGCACACAAUCCGGAGAUGUCCGUGCAAAGCGUUUCCCACUGGGUGCGAGCCCACGUGGUCACGCUGCUCUGCUUCUCCGAAGUCCUGCACGCCGCCUCAGAGUCGAGCAAAAGUUACUACGAUAUUCUAAAUGUUGAGCCAUCAGCCGCGGACAGCCACAUAAAGAAGUCUUUCCGCAAACUGGCCAUCAAGUGCCACCCAGAUAAGAACAAGGGUGGUGAUGCAGAGAAGUCUUUCAGGGAGAUUGUUGAAGCCUACACCGUGCUCUCCACCAAGGAGAAGAGGAGGCGGUAUGACCGUGUGGGCCACGAGGCUUUCCUCAAAGACGAGGCCUCUGAAGACCCCGAGGAUGAACUUGACACGAGCUUCCCUUUUCCUUUGGAAGACCUAUUCCAUGACUUGGAUGGAAGUCCCUUCACGGAGGACACAUUCUUUCGCGGGACUUUUUAUCCGGAUGGGGCGGAUAUGGAUGGUCUAAACAAACAUUACAUUAUUGAAGAGCUCGACUACAGCUUCUAUCUUGGUGAUGAAGAAGAAGAAGAACAUUAUUUCUACUAAAUGUUCACUCAUUCAUUCAUUUUAGUGUUUUUUAUGAUUAAGUCUCCAUAAUAAAUUGUUAUCAUAGCAUCCGUGUCUCGUAUUCAGACAAUGUAGAAAUUGAAAUAAAUAAAUCUGUUAUGUGUUUUUAAAGCGCUCCAUUGACUGGCACUUUGCUCUGCUUACCCCCUUUUACUAAUAACUAACUAACUAACUAAUUUAAACAAUCACUGAUCUUUACACCACUCAACCAAUUAGAAACUAGGUCUUUUCUUUAGCCUUAUUAUUAUUAUUAUUAUAUAGAGACCAUUCCAGUUUGUUUGAGAGCAGGAAUUCUUACUGGUUGGUAGGUGAUCAAAUACUUAUGCCAUGCAGUAAACUGCAAAAUAUAUUUUUUUAAAUCAUACAAUGUGAUUUUCUGGAUUUCACUCACAGUUGAAGAGUAACUAAUGAUAAAAACUGCUUUGUAAGUGGGAAAACCUGCAAAAUCGGCAGUGUAUCAAAUACUUCUCCCCACUGUAAUGUACGUUGGUCUGUUUGUGGUUGAACAUUCUCUCUAAAUAAACCUGACUUGUAAAUGGACA